AUGCCUCGAAUAACCUUGCGACAGCAGCUUCACAAACCCAGCAUAGCUUCUGCUAAUUCCCGCUGCCUAUACUCGACAUCCCCGCCGCCGUCUGACAAAGACACGCACACGACUCGGGAAAAUGCCGCCGCCAGCCUGCCGUCCGCCGCCGAGAGCCGACGCAGCGCGCUCAACACCAAAUUCAGCGAAGCCAUGGACAGGCUGCAGGCGCGGGCGCUGACAGCCUCGCAGACGCUCAACGACGUGACCGGGUACUCCUCGAUCGAGACGAUCAAGGCCGACAAUGACGCGAUGGAGCGGACGCUGGGCGCCGCGCAGGAGCGGGUGCGGAGCGCGCGGGCGGCGUACAAGACGUCCAACACGAAGCGCGCGGCGACGCAGCGCGAGGUGACGACGCUGCUGGCGCGCAAGGACACGUGGACGCCGGCGGACCUGGAGCGGUUCACGGAGCUGUACCGGACGGACCACGUGCUCGAGGGCGCGGUGGCCUCCGCGCAGGAGGCGCUGACCACGGCCGAGGCCGACGAGCAGGGCCUCAACCAGCGCCUCAACGCGGGCAUCCUCAAGCGCUACCACGAGGAGCAGAUCUGGAGCGACCGCAUCCGCCGCGCGAGCACCUGGGGCACCUGGGGCCUCAUGGGCAUGAACUUUGUGUUGUUCGUCCUGCUGCAGUUCUUCGCGGAGCCGUGGCGCCGCAGGAGGCUGGUCCGCGGCGUCGUCGAGCACGAGGGCGAGGUGCUGGCGGGCGUGAGGGCGGAGAUUGAGGCGCUCAGGACGGGCUUGGAACACAAGAUGGACGCGGCGCUGCGGAGUCGUGCGGAGGAGGGGGAGAUGGCGACGACGACGACGACGACGACGACGACGACAGCACCGGAAAAGGAGGGCAAGGGUGAGGCGGAAACUUUGAUAGGGCCGGCGCAAGCGACGACUUGGGGCGAGUUCUUGCAGGAUCCGGCGCGGUGGAGGGCGGCGGCAUCGGAUCUCUGCAGUGAGAGGCAGGUUCACCUGCGCAUGAAGGAUGCGACGACGCUCGUGCUCCAAGGCGCCGUAGCCGGGGCCGCGAUUGUCGGCAGCAUAGCAGUGCUGGCGGCACGAUAG